AGCCAAUAUUCCGAAAGUCAGACCUUAGAAGCAUCGGGGUGUCCUAGACUCUGGAGGCCCUGAGGUCUCUGGCACAGUUUGCCUGGCAGCUGCCCAGCCGUCACAAACCAUGGAAGAAGACCUGAGCUUAUCCAUGAGCCAGAAGGAGCUUAAUUCUGUUGCUUCAGAACUGGCUGCACGGCAGGAAGAGAGUGAACAUUCUCAUAAACAUUUAAUUGAACUCAGCCGGGAAUUUAAGAAAAAUGUACCUGAGGAAAUCAGAGAGAUGGUGGCUCCUGUCUUAAAGAGCUUCCAAGCAGAGGUGAUUGCACUUAGUAAAAGAAGCAAGGAGGCUGAGACGGCUUUCCUCAGUGUUUACAAGCAAUUAAUUGGAGCACCAGACCCUGUUCCUGUCCUGGAGGUGGAGGAGAGCUUAGAAGAGAGGCUGCAGCAGCUCCAGUGCCCUGACCCCGAGAACCCACCCCUGAAGGAGCUCAACAGGCAGCGGAAGAAGCCUCCGGAGCUCCUCGGCACCGCAGAGCAAAGAGGGGGAACAUCUCCAGCUGGUCUCGCCGGGUUGGAGACUGCCAAGUUCACAAGCAUCAACAGCAAAGCACUUUUCACAGACACCUUGUUGCAGAGAAAUGAAGCUGAAAAACAGAAGGGACUACAGGAAGCACAAAUCACUUUGGCAGCUAGGCUGGGGGAAGCAGAAGAGAAGAUCAAAGUGCUACAUGCAGCACUAAAGGGCACCCAGACAGAGCUGCUUGAGCUACGGUGUAAAUAUGAUGAAGAAGCAGCUUCAAAGGCAGAUGAAGUAGCAAUGAUCAUGACAAACCUUGAACAAGCCAAUCAGCGGGCGGAGGCAGCGCAGAGGGAAGUGGAGGAUCUGCGGGAGCAGCUCGCGUCUGUCAAUACUUCCAUUCGGCUGGCCUGUUGCUCUCCACAAGGAUCCAGCGGGGAUAAAGUGAACUAUUCGCUGUGCUCAGGGCCCAGGCUCGAGGCUACGCUGGUGGCAAAGGACCGGGAGAUCCUCCGGCUCCUCAAGGACAUUCAGCACCUCCAGAACUCUCUGCAGGAGCUGGAAGAGUCCUCAGCCAACCAGAUUGCGGACCUGGAGCGGCAACUCAUGGCCAAGAAUGAAGCGAUUGAGAAGCUGGAAGAAAAAUUGCAGGCCCAGUCUGACUAUGAGGAAAUUAAAACAGAGCUGAGCAUUCUGAAGGCAAUGAAGCUGGCCUCUGCAAACUGCAGCCUUUCUCAGAGCAUAUCGAAACCAGGCGAGCCCUUGCUUCUGGGCAAAGAAUCUUUCUAUCCUUCCCAGAAAUACCUGUUGGAAAAGCCAAAUCUCUUAGCCAGCACUGAGGAGGAUCACUCUGAGGACGAGUUGGUGAAGGAUUCCAUGGGCACGGACCAGUCCUACCCCUCUCCCCAGCAGCUCUCACAGCCCCUUGGGGAGGACACGGCGGAGAUCGCCUUCCAAGUCAAGGAGCAGCUGCUGAAACACAACAUUGGCCAGCGCGUCUUUGGCCACUACGUCCUGGGGCUCUCGCAGGGCUCCGUCAGCGAGAUCCUGGCCAGGCCCAAGCCCUGGCGCAAGCUGACAGUGGGAGGGAAGGAGCCGUUCCUCAAGAUGAAGCAGUUCCUCUCCGAUGAGCAGAACGUGCUGGCACUGAGGACCAUUCAGGUGCGCCAGCGAGGUAGCAUUACUCCGAGGAUUAGAACGCCAGAAACCGGCUCUGACGAUGCCAUCAAAAAUAUCCUGGAACAAGCGAAGAAGGAGAUCGAGUCUCAAAAGGGAGGUGAAACCAAGAGCUUGGCUGCCCCCCAGGCAGUCACCAAUGGCAACAGCAACUCAGAAGAGGCCAUUAAAAGCAUCCUGGAGCAGGCCCGGCGGGAGAUGCAGGCCCAGCAGCAGGCCCUACUAGAGAUUGAGUCUGGCGGCAGCAGCAGGCCCGAGGCCGCACCACCCACAGAGCGUUCCACCUUGGCCACUGUCAGCCAGAACAUCGUCCAGGCCUACAUCAAGCAGGAGGAGGGGACGCUGGGCACUGGGUCCAGCUCCACCUCCACGCAGACCUCCCUGGCGGUGCUCUCGCCCGCCGCCUUUGUGCAGAGCAUCAUCCGCAAGGUCAAGUCGGAGAUAGGCGACGCCGGCUCCUACUUCGACCAGCACUGGGCCUCAGAGAGGAGCCUGCUCAGCCAGCCCUACACCUCCGUGUCACCGUCCCUCUCCUCCUCCUCCUCCAGCUACUCGAGCCUGGCCAAUGGGCGAGCCUGGCUACGGGGGGAGCCCAGCGAGGAGGAGCUGGCUGCAGGCGACGAGGAACCUCAUAAGGCUGUGGAGAUGAAAUCCGAAGGGGCCAGCUCAGAGCCACAAAGCGCUGGCCGCCUCUCCUAUUACCCGGCGUAUGUCCCGCGCACCCUCAAGCCGACUGUGCCCCCACUCACCCCAGAGCAAUACGAGAUGUAUAUGUACAGGGAAGUGGACACCUUGGAGCUGACAAGGCAGGUGAAGGAGAAACUGGCCAAGAAUGGAAUCUGCCAGCGGAUCUUCGGGGAAAAGGUGCUGGGCUUGUCUCAAGGAAGCGUGAGCGACAUGCUGUCCAGGCCCAAACCAUGGAGCAAGCUGACCCAGAAAGGCCGAGAACCAUUUAUCAGGAUGCAGUUAUGGCUCAAUGACCAGCUUGGCCAAGGGAUCAGCCAGCAGCCAAACCCUCCACAGGCCAGCCCUGGGCAGCCCCAGUCUUCCCCCUCCACUCCACCCAGCCAGCUGGAGCAAGACAAAAGCCCCCCUGAGCCUCUCAUGAUAACUCUGGAGAGCAGCAAAGAAAAUCAGCAACCGGAGAGCAGGUCGACUUCAUCACUGAGUGGCAAGACAUGUCCCAACAACCAAGCCCCUGUGGGCAUCCAGGAAAUUGUCGCCAUGUCGCCCGAGCUUGACACGUACUCCAUCACCAAGAAGGUCAAAGAGGUGUUAACGGACAACAAUCUAGGCCAGCGUCUCCGUGGGGAGAGCAUCCUGGGCCUGACACAGGGCUCGGUGUCUGACCUCCUCUCCAGGCCCAAGCCCUGGCACAAGCUGAGCCUGAAGGGCCGGGAGCCCUUUGUCCGCAUGCAGCUCUGGCUUAAUGACCCACACAACGUGGACAAGCUCCGUGACAUGAAGAAACUGGAGAAGAAAGGGAACAUGGGAUGCUGGGAUUGCAUCCGAUGCUGGGAUUGCAAGCUGCAAAUGCUCAGCCUCCAGGCCCAGGACCUCGGCCUGCUCCAGGUGAAGAAGCCCCGGGUGGUGCUUGCUCCAGAGGAGAAGGAGGCCCUGAAGAAGGCCUACCCGGGGGAGCCAUACCCUUCCCAACAGACCAUCGAGCUGCUCUCCUUCCAGCUGAACCUCAAGACAAACACGGUCAUCAACUGGUUCCACAACUACCGGUCCCGGAUGCGCCGGGAAAUGCUGGUGGAAGGGGCCCAAGACAAUGACACAGACCUGGAGCCAAGCAGCUGUGGGGGUGUGCCACCUGGCAGCAGUUCUCACCAAGUCCCCAACCCACUCAGUCCUGAUUCGGAGGGGGAGGACAGGAAGCCUGAGGUCAGGGAUGUGAAGCACAGAGCACCGAGCGAGGCCCUGAUCAGAGUCAAGCAGGAGCAGAUGGAGGCAGGAGAGAAGGGUGACGGUUACAACCAGACCUGGAGCCAAGCAGCUGUGGGGGUGUGCCACCUGGCAGCAGUUCUCACCAAGUCCCCAACCCACUCAGUCCUGAUUCGGAGGGGGAGGACAGGAAGCCUGAGGAAUCGGAAGGCCGAGAGCGCCCCUCAAAGCACUGCCGGUCUCACCAGGAGCAGCACUUUGUACACCAAAGUGCACACAGCUGGGACCCCUGACUGCUCUGCUCUACAUCCACCCCAGGAAUCGGAAGGCCGAGAGCGGCUGCAGCCUGACCCCAUUAGCUUUAAAUCUGCCUCGGAGUCCUCCCGCUGCAGCCUAGAGGUCUCUCUGAACUCGCCCUCGGCUGCCUCUUCUCCAGGCCUCAUGAUGUCCGUCUCUCCAGUCCCAUCCUCCUCUGCUCCCAUCUCUCCGUCGCUGCCAAACACCAUCUCUGCCAAGGCUCAGAAUUCAGUCCCUGCCACAGAUACAGGCUCUUUACAGCAGAAUGUCAAGCUGAAUUCAAACAUCCAGCGAAGGCACGAGAAAAUGGCCAACCUCAACAACAUCAUCCACCGGCUAGAAAAGGCAGCCAAUAGGGAAGAAUCCCUGGAGUGGGAAUUCUGAACAGCUGGGCAGCAAGCUUCUGAUUGGUUUUGUUGGUAACAAUUAUAAACUCUCUGGAACACACUGAUGGAAUAUGUUGCCCUACUGGAGUAUAUGUAUAAAUAUAUAUAUUUUGUUAAUAUCAUCACAUGCUAAGGACAAAAGAAAAACCUAUUUGGUUAAUAAGAAAGGGAAGGAAAAACAGCACAUUGCUUCUGAUUCGUCACACCUGAUGAAAGGGAACAAAAAUAAAUAAAACCUGAUAUUUGUUUUAAAUGUGAAAAACUGGGAACGCUUUUAGAAAAAAAAUAUUUAUAGACCUCUUUUAGAUAUUUUAAUAAAAGGAAACUUUGGAAUUUAUUAACAGCUUAAGCUGCUUUGAUAUUAAAAAUAGCUAUAAAAUCAAGAUGAUGUAGCAGUUGUGUCAUUAAAUGUACACUGAAGUCUUGUAGUUUGCCACUGGAAGAGAUUAAAAAAAAAGACUUACUGAUCAAAGCCAUCGAGAAGCACUAUAAGACUGACCAAAUUUAAUAAACUUUUGAAUAGCGAUUUUUCCACAUUUGUCUGUAAGACACUGCGUUGCUACUCUCCAUUCCAGAGACUGUGGGAUAGUCCAUGAAGACUCUAAAUUGAAAACUUUGAUGCCAUCAAGUAUGUAUUUAGUUCUGGUGGUAUGUUUUGAAUCCUUUGUAAACUGUGCAGUUGUAUAUGUUGUAGAAAAUGUCUGCAAUAGCCUUCCUGAACAAGAUGUAGCAUGGUACAUAACCAAUUCCUUCCACUUCCUCUAGUUAGUAAUCCAUGACAAACUGAAAUGAACAAAACGAUUUUAGCUGUUAGCAGCAAAGCUUUCCGUCCGUUUGAAAAACAAAAAAUGAAAUAACCCAUGUCUCUGAUUUUGGGGGGAAAAGGAAAAGGUCCACAGGUGCAAAAUGCCUUUGAUGUAUCUGGGUUGAUGGUAACACAUGUUAAUGACGAUCAUGACAUCACAAUGUUGUCUUUAUGCAUGACCAUCACCUCUUUUGGUCAGCCGGCGGGACACCUGAACUCUGAGCUGUCAGUGCCAGUGCUUGGGGACAAGCACUCAAAAAAUAUAAACCACUGGCUCACAUAUGAAAUCUGAAUUUUUGUUUACCUUAGUCCAUGCCAGCUUUUGAGGCAGAAGGGCUCUU